GUACGGAGCAAAUAUGUAUCACAUGUUUUUGAGUCCGUUGCCCAGUCUGGCAAUGCCAUGUCGGAUAUAGAGGACCAAGGUCCGAAAGCAGGCCAAGCAGGAGGCGUUGUAUGAUUGUCUCCAUACCCAAAACCUUGUCGUUCCAUGUUGGAGUGUGGACAGGGUAGAAGGUAUAUAUAGACCACCAGCGAUGCCUUGUGCAUGUCGAUUGCUGCUAUUCGUGAACACCACACGUCACUUCAUCCACCAGAUAAUCUACUUUCAAACCCCCCCCCUAGCACUUCAACUCUGGACAAACCCAGCGCUUGAUUAAGACAUCCCUAUUGUCGAAGACCAACCUUGCAGCAACCCGUUCGCUAUGGCACAAAAGUACGCAAAGGACCAGCCGGAAGGCUUCAAGAACUAUGUGGAAAACAUUGCAAUCGUCGGAGCAGGAGGCCAAGUGGGCGAAUACAUCGCCCGAGCACUCCUCAAGACAGGCAAGCACCGACUCACGGCCAUCACACGGGCGGACUCGAACAGCACGGUGCCCGAGGGCAUGGCCGUGAAGAAAGUCAACUACGAGGACCAGGCGACGCUGGUGGACGCGCUGCGGGGCCAGGACGUGUUGAUCAUCACCAUGGCGGUGACGGCGCCGCCGGACACGGAGACGAAGCUGGUCGACGCGGCGGCGGCGGCCGGGGUGCCGUGGGUCCUGCCCAACGAGUACAGCAGCGACCCGCGCAACAAGACGCUGCAGCACGAGAUCGUGAUCGGCGACCACAAGGACGUGACGCGGCGGCACAUCGAGGAGCUCGGGGUCAGCGCCUGGAUCAGCUUCACCUGCAGCUUCUGGUACGAGUACUCGCUGGCCGCCGCGCCGGGGAGCUACGGGUUCGACUUCGCCACCAAGACCGUGACCCUGUACGACGACGGGAACACCAAGAUCAACACCACGACGUGGCUGCAGUGCGGGCGCGCCGCGGCGGCACUGCUCGGCCUGAAGAUCCUGCCCGAGGACGCGGCGGACACGGCGCCGACGCUGUCGCUGUUCCGCAACAACGUCAUGUACGUGUCGUCGUUCCGGGUCAGCCAGCGCGACAUGCUGGCGUCGGUGUUGCGCGUGACGGGCGAUAAGGAGGACGACUGGACGGUGCUGCACGAGGACGUCCGGGAGCGCUACCAGGCGGGCGUGGAGCAGAUGAAGGGCGGCGACCGCCUGGGGUUCAUGAAGAUGCUGUACGCCCGCGUCUUCUUCCCCAACGGCGACGGCGACUACGAGUCCAAGUACGGCCUGCACAACGACGUCCUGGGCCUGCCCAAGGAGGACUUUGACGAGGCCACCAAGAGAGCCGUCAAUCUGGCUGCCAAGGGCGGACCGUUUGCCCAGCGCCGACAUUGAGAAAAUCGAACGUCGGGGUCUGAGAAGGGGGGAACAAAAGGGACAGUUGAACCGGGUCGCAAUGGGAUUACGGACCGAAACAAUUCCAGAUCAAUGCGCGUAGUAGAGAGAGAGAGUGUGUGUGUGCUCGUGUGAGGCAACUUAGCGAUCUCGUGGAGAUUUAGUUGAUACAGAGAAAUCCAUCACGGUGAUGAUGCACCUGUUUGAGAACUCCG